UUAUUUACAUUUUCCAAUUGUAUACGAUUUGGAACAAAGAGAAACCCAGACCCAGUGGCUUGGGCUUAGGCCAUUGGGCCCAACUACGAAAACACGAUUCAAAAGCCCACAAGCUACGAGAAACGGGCCAUUGCAGACAGUGGUGUUGCAGCGGUGAAGAACGCAAAUGAGUUUUGCUCUGAACCCAGAACCCUAGUUCAAUUCAAAAAAUUUCCCUGUUCUUAGUUCGAUUCAGAGGUUAAAGUUGCGCAGUCUGUCUCCAGUGGUCAGUGGAAGAAAAUUGAAAUACUUAGUUCCUCCAUUGCUGCAGGAGAGAUGUCCAGGUUUCGAUCACUAUGGCAAGCUUCUCUAAAUGCAACAAGGAAAGCUCUCACAUGGAAUGUUGAAAACUGGAUCCCUCCUAGUGAAAGAUAUAUUUUCAAUUUCAAUUCAAAGGAAGAGCUAAAGAAGUGGCACCUCUAUUCAGAUUCUGAAUACGGAGGGAUGUCGUCAGCGUCUUUGGAGAUCAUGGAUGCUGGAAAUGGACUAAGUGGAAUCUUCUCUGGGAACCUUUCUUUGGAUUUAAUUGAGGGUUCAAAAUGGAACAUAAGAAGGGGUGGCUUUUGUGGAAUGCGAUCCAAGAAGUUUGAUGGAUUCAUCGAUUUGGAAUCUUAUGAUACAAUAGCACUAAAGGUUAAAGGAGAUGGGAGAUGUUACAUUUCUACUAUAUAUACAGAAAAUUGGGUGAAUUCACCUGCACAACAAGAAGAUAAUUCAUGGCAAGCAUUUGUUUUUGUACCAAAAGACAACUGGUAUAUUACAAAGAUUCCUCUUGCUCAUUACCUACCAACAUGGAGAGGAAAUGUUAUAGAUGCAGAGAUAGAAAUGAAUCCAUCGCGUAUAGUCGGUAUGUCUCUGUCUGUCAAUUCAGGAGGUGGUGUCCCAGGUGCUACAACCGGGCCAGGCGAUUUCAAGUUGGAAAUUGAUUGGAUCAAAGCCUUGAGAACACAAUAAGUUCCUUUAGACUAUACCACAAGGUAUUGAAAUUUUGGUUGUAUCAAACCAUUGCAACUAGUUCAGAAAUUUUCUACCUCCAAUUCACCCAAUAGUAAGUUAACAAACUUUACCGAUGUUUUUGGCUACUGGUCAAGUGGGGCUCUGGCUGGAUCACCUAAAGCUGCUGUCCUAACUGUAAUUGAUACAUAAACCAAUUCAACCAGCUGCUCCAAGUGGGUGUUUCAUUUAAUGACCCAUCAAUUGUUCAAUAAUAGUAUCUGAAGAAAUUCUCAGUCAACUAUAGUUGGUACCUUUA